AUGAGCUCUACUAGAGCACCUCUGGAUAAACAAGGAAUGAGCUCUACUAGAGCACCUCUGGAUAAACAAGGAAUGAGCUCUACUAGAGCACCUCUGGAUAAACAAGGAAUGAGCUCUACUAGAGCACCUCUGGAUAAACAAGGAAUGAGCUCUACUAGAGCACCUCUGGAUAAACAAGGAAUGUUUCUUCUGCUUUCAUCUUAAAACUGUAACUCUUUGGGGGUUUACUGACUGACUGACCUCUGUGUCCUUACUUUUUAGUAUGCUGUGGGAGUAUACUACUAGUGACAUUUUCUUCCCCCACAAUUAUUGUAACACAUAAUCAGGGUAGGGAGAAAGGGUCACUAAAAUGUUGUGUAUAUCGGCUUUCUCGUUGGGGUCUAGGCUGGGUACUGCAAAGCACUGCUGAUGUUAAAAGGGCUUUAUAAAUAUGUUUGAUUGAUUGAUUGAUUGAUUGUGCUCUCUAUCUGCAGUGUCCCGGUUCUCCAGCCCCAGACUGACCCCCAGGCUGAACAGAAAGCGAGCCCUGUCCAUCUCCCCUCUCUCAGACGCCAGCAUUGACCUGCAGACCAUGAUCCGUACCUCGCCCAACUCCCUGGUGGCCUACAUCAACAACUCACGCUCCAGCUCCGCAGCCAGCAGCUCCUACGGACACCUGUCAGUCAGCGGCAUCAGGUACAGUUGAAGUCGGAAGUUUACAUACACCUUAGCCAAAUUCAUUUAAACUCAGUUUUUCACAAUUCCUGACAUUUAAUCCUAGUACAAAUUCCCUGUCUUAGGUCAGUUAGGAUCACCACUUUAUUUUAAGAAUGUGAAAUGUCAGAAUAAUAGUUGAGAGAAUUAUUUAUUUCAGCUUUUAUUUCUUCCAUCACAUUCCCAGUGGGUCAGAAGUUUACAUACACUCAAUUAGUAUUUGGUAGCAUUGCCUUUAAAUUGUUUAACUUCGGAAAAACGUUUCGGGUAGCAUUCCACAAGCUUCCCACAAUAAGUUGGGUGAAUUUUGGCCCAUUCCUCCUGACAGAGCUGGUGUAACUGAGUCAGGUUUGUAGGCCUCUUUGCUCGCACACGCUUUUUCAGUUCUGCCCACAAAUGUUCUAUAGGAUCGAGGUCAGGGCUUUGUGAUGGCCACUCCAAUACCUUGACUUUGUUGUCCUUAAGCCAUUUUGCCACAACUUUGGAAGUAUGCUUGGGGUCAUUGUCCAUUUGGAAGACCCAUUUGCGACCAAGCUUUAACUUCCUGACUGAUGUCUUGAGAUGUUGCUUCAAUAUAUCCACAUAAUUUUCCUUCCUCAUGAUGCCAUCUAUUUUGUGAAGUGUACCAGUCCCUCCUGCAGCCAAGCACCCCCACAGCAUGAUGCUGCCACCCCCGUGCUUCACAGUUGGGAUGAUGUUCUUCGGCUUGCAAGCCUGCCCCCUUUUUCCUCCAAACAUAACGAUGGUCAUUACGGCCAAACAGUUCUAUUUUUGUUUCAUCAGACCAGAGGACAUUUCUCCAAAAAGUAUGAUCUUUGUCCCCAUGUGCAGUUUCAAACCGUAGUCUGGCUUUUGGAGCAGUGGCUUCUUCCUUGCUGAGCGGCCUUUCAGGUUAUGUCGAUAUAGGACUCGUUUUACUGUGGAAAUAGAUACUUUUGUACCUGUUUCCUCCAGCAUCUUCACAAGGUUCCUUUGCUGUUGUUCUGGGAUUGAUUUGCACUUUUCGCACCAAAGUACGUUAAUCUCUAGGAGACAGAACGCGUCUCCUUCCUGACCGGUAUGACAGCUGCGUGGUCCCAUGGUGUUUAUACUUGUGUACUAUUGUUUGUACAGAUGAACGUGGUACGUUCAGGCGUUUGGAAAUUGCUCCCAAGGAUGAACCAGACUUGUGGAGGUCUACUAAUUUUUUUUCUGAGGUCUUGGCUGAUUUCUUUGGAUUUUCCCAUGAUGUCAAGCAAAGAGGCACUGAGUUUGAAGGUAGGCCUUGAAAUAUAUCCACAGGUACACCUCCAAUUGACUCUAAUGAUGUCAAUUAGCCUAUCAGAAGCUUCUAAAGCCAGGACAUCAUUUUCUGGAAUUUUCCAAGCUGUUUAAAGGCACAGUCAACUUAGUGUAUGUAAACUUCUGACCCACUGGAAUUGUGAUACAGUGAAUUAUAAGUGAAAUAAUCUGUCUGUAAACAAUUGUUGGAAAAGUUACUUGUGACAUACACAAAGUAGAUGUCCUAAUCGACUUGCCAAAACUAUAGUUUGUUAACAAUACAUUUGUGGCGUGGUUGAAAAACAAGUUUUAAUGACUCCAACCUAAGUGUAUGUAAACUUCCGACUUCAACUGUAUAAGAUACACUACAUGACCAAAAGUAUGUGGACACCUGCUCGUCGAACAUCUCAUUCCAAAAUCAUGGGCAUUAAUAUGGAGUUGGUCCCCCCUUUGCUGCUAUAACAGCCUCCACUCUUCUGGGAAGGCUUUCCACUAGAUGAUGGAAUAUUGCUGCAGGGACUUGCUUCCAUUCAGCCACAAGCAUUAGUGAGGUCGGGCGCUGAUGUUGGGUGAUUAGGCCUGGCUCGCAGUCGGUGUUCCAAUUCAUCCCAAAGGUGUUUGAUGGGGUUGAGGCCAGGGCUCUGUGCAGGCCAGUCAAGUUCUUCCACACUGAUCUCGACAAACCAUUUCUGAAUGGACAUCGCUUUGUGCACAGGGGCAUUGUCAUGCUGAAACAGGAAAGGGCCUUCCCCAAGCUGUUGCCACAAAGUUGGAAACAGAAUCAUCUAGAAUGUCAUUGUAUGCUGUAGCGUUAAGAUUUCCCUUCACUGGAACUAAGGGGCUUAGCCCGAACCAUGAAAAACAGCCCCAGACCAUUAUUCCUCCUCCACCAAACUUUACUAUGCAUUGGUGCAGGUAGCGUUCUCCUGGCAUCCGCCAAACCCAGAUUCGUCCAUGGGACUGCCAGAUGGUGAAGUGUGAUUCAUCACUCCAGAGAACACGUUUCCACUGCUCCAGAGUCCAAUGGCGGCGAGCUUUACACCACUCCAGCCGACGCUUGGCAUUGCGCAUGGUGAUCUUAGGAUUUUGUGCGGCUGCUCAGCCAUGGAAACCCAUUUCAUGAAGCUCCCGACGAACAGUUCUUGUGCUGACGUUGCUUCCAGAGACAGUUUGGAACUCGGUAGUGAGUGUUGCAACAGGACAGAUUAUUUUUUACGCGCUUCAGCACUCGGCGGUCCUGUUCUGUGAGCUUGUGUGGCCUACCACUUCACGGCUGACGUUUCCAUUUCACAAUAACAGCACUUACAGUUGACGGGGGCAGCUCUAGCAGGGCAGAAAUUUGACAAACUGAGUUGUUGGAAAGGUGGCAUCCUAUGACGGUGCCACGUUAAAGUCACUGAGCUCUUCAGCAAGGCCGUUCUACUGCCAAUGUUUGUCUAUGGAUAUUGCAUGGCUUGAUUUUAUACACCUGUCAGCAACGAGUGUGGCUGAAAUAGCCGAAUCUACUCAUUUGAAGGGGUGUCCACAUACUUUUGUAUAUAUAGUGUACACAACAACUGUUCUACACAUAUACAUCUCUAGAGCUUAUGUAUUACUUUAAACAAUCCACACAUCUACACAUAGGGCUCCACAUACAACAGUCAGUCAUAUAAUAUCUGCACAGUUUUAAAACGUAUGUUAUCUAUUUAACUAAGUUAUUAAAGUUAUUGCAUUUGCUGUUGUACUUCAAAUGGAGUGCAUCCGUUAAUAACUGUCCUGUCCUUUCAUCUCCCAGUCCGUCGUUCACCUUCCCCCACCCCAUCAACCCCAUGGCCUACCAGCAGCUGCUCAACCAGCAGAGAGGCCUGAGUGCGUUCGGCCAUACCCCUCCCCUCAUCCAGCCAUCGCCCUCCUUCGCUGCCCGCCAGCAUGCCCACGCCCUGACAGCCUCCACCCUCAACACCACCCACAACACCUCCAGCUCUGAGUCCAACCAGGUGAGUAGCAUUGUCUUACAUGAGAUAUCUGCACAUAUCUGUCUGAUAUCUCACAAACACUGGUUUAAUUGUGACGCGCAUGUCGAUGUAGUCAUAGAGAUCCUAUAAUUCAUGUUUUAUAUGCAAUUCUAUGAAUUGUGAAUACCCAGAGAGGGGUAAGGAUAAAAUCCAUUCAGCUAUAACACAGAAACCAAAGAUCUCUAAUGUGAAUGGAAUGUAGGCUAUAUAGAGUCCAAAGUACACUUAGUAAAUUAUGUUAAGUUAUGGAUAAAAUGAUGGCAUGCUAAAUUAAUCCAGCCCAAGAGUGUCAUAAACUGUCAAGUGUUUUUGGCUAGAGAUGGCACAGCUAUGAGCUGGAGGAUGACUCCCUCCCAUUAGCAGCAGUUUUUAUCUGUCUCAGUUCUUAGAAGUGUUUCCUCUGUCUCCUUUAUCAACCUAUUGUAUACAAUAUGGUCUCUAUGAAUGUAAACUUCCCCCUCAUCUACCAUCACCCCCUCACACACACACAGAGACACCCAUAAAUUCCAUCACUAUGUCAAUUUUAGUACACCAAUGUACACACAAACACACAGAUACACACACAAAGACACACACACACACAGAGAGAGAGAGAUAUACACACACACACACUGAGCUGAAUCCCCCUCGCCCCCCCACCCCACUGACAGUGAUCAGAACCAUAUUUAUCCUGGUUUCCAGCCACUGAAGUCGGUGUUAGUGAAAGCAUGGGGGCCCUGAAGCACAGUCAGCGCUGUACUGUACUGUAGUGGCUGGGUGGGAUUUGGAGACUAGAGAGACCCCUCCUCACUGACCCCCAACCCUCACUUCAUAUCCUUUUUUAUGAUGCUUAAACACAGACACACACACACACACACUCACUCACUCACACACACACUCACACUGAGCGUCUCCUCCACAGAGUCUGUGACUGAGGCUUAAAAAGGCCUGUCUGUCUGUUGUGUUGAGAGUUGGUCGGAGGAUCAAAGCUCUGAGCGUUGCAGUGUGGAUAAUAAUUUCUCUCUUUUCAUAUUUCCCCUAGCUGACUCUCAUAAAGCAGUCUAAACUGUUUAGUCUCUGUGUCCGGUUGCUAUACGAGUUAUGGGCCCUGAACCUGGUGCUUGGCUGGCUCUGGUUGACUCUGGAACCAACCAACCCUCACAUCAUCAUGUUACCAUAGAACAGAGCCAGUCAGCCAGCGCCAAGAACAAUACUGUGAUGUCGCUCUGACUUUGCUCUGAGUUAUCUUAACUCUGCCUCUGUCUCUUCACACUCCAGAGCACUGUAUCUCUGACUCCUUCUAUUUGGCCACUUAGCAGACACUUUUAUCCAGUGAGUGCAUACAUUUUGUAUAUAAUCCCUGUGUGAAUUGAACUUGACACUCUUACCAACUGAGCCAUUAAGGACCACUCUACCUAACCUCUACUUUCUCUACAGUAUGUCCUUCAGAAGGCUGGUAUAGUCUGUCUCUCUCUAACGUCUACCUCCUUCUCUCUCCUGCAGAAUGCUGGUGGUGACCCGGCGGUGAGCAGCACAGUCAACCCCAUGAUCACCAAGAGGCACAAGGUCAAGACAGAAGCAGAAGGACCCCGGCCCAUAUCACCAUGCUCUCAGGUAUGGGACCCCACAACCUCUUUUUUGCUUUUCUUAUCUUUAGAGUGAGUUGCGCAAAAGCAAUCUUAGAUCAUUAGGAAACAGAUAAGCAAACGCAGAAUAGUUCAGUAUAGUUGGCUAUAUACUGUACAUGCUAUUGUCAACACAUAGACAAACUGUGUACGUGCAUGCACAUAAGACAGUCAUGAACCCCUCUCUGACUGAGUCCUCUGGUCCACAGGAGCAUGUCCUGGACCUGAGUGAGGAUAAAGAGGAAUGGAAGCAGGAGCCAGAGGCUGUCUAUGAGACCAACUGUCACUGGGACGGCUGCAGCAAGGAGUACGACACCCAGGACCAGCUCGUUCAUGUGAGUUAUUAUUAAGGGAUCUUUAGUGACCACAUAGAGUUAGGACAUCUGUGAGUAGGGGCCUGCUGGUGCCUCUACAGUCAGGGGGUAUGCCUGUGACUUUCAGUAGACAAAAGCUUAAGGGCAGAGAGAGGCACACAGAUACAGGAAGAAGUCUGAAAGACACCCUCCCAUUUCCCCCUUUUUUUAAUGUUCAAAACGGCCUCCUCUGCUCCUCAUUAAAGUGUCAGUCCAGUCAGGUUUAAUAUGUAACCAGUCAAGGCAGUAGUAACUGAUCCUUUCCUGUGACGGACACGCGCAGGGUUAAUGAGGCCUGUUGAUUCUGACUGAGGAGACGGAGGUGCUCUAACGCCCCUGCAGAUGUGACCCCAACCCCUGGCUCUCAGCCACCGCUGACCUCUGAACCCUAGAGGCAUGGCAGUAAAUCCAUCGUCAUGCUCAGAGCUCUGGAACUCUGUUCUAUUCCUUUCCUCCCUAAGGAACCCCUGAUGAAGCCCUCUCUACUAUACUCCAACAGGCUGUGAUUAACUGGGAUUGUCAGUCCAGUACCCAGACUGGGAGUCUCUGAGCUGAGUCUGGAAUGAGGUCUCUAACUCCCAGCGUUACGGGUCAGGAGUGGAUUCACCUUAGAGCCCCUUUCUCCCCCCUUUCCACCCUCCAGUCUGUCCUGACAAAGAAAGUCCAGGAGUAGAGCCACCUUAGAAUCCCAUUUACCCCCUUUGCUCCCCUCUCCUCCCCCACCCUCUCACUUCUCCACCAUCCUCCCGCCACCCAGCCCCCCUGCCCCAGUCUGUCUUGACAGAGGGCAUGUCCAGACCAGCCCCAGUUAGUUCCAGGAUCCAUUCCCCCUACUCUGCUGCUCUGUCAGGGAUUGAGGGGUUUAGGAAACAGAGCUAGGGCCUGGUGGUGUGGAUUGUGGGGUGUGGAUGGACAUGGUGAAGCAGAACACAUACCACAACUCACUGGAAUAAUGGAAUAAGGGAAAGGCAGCAAGGAAGGUAAGCAGAAAAACAGUAACAGUAAAUGUCCAUUGUAAAUACUGUGUUAUAAAAUAAUGAAUGUUUCUGUGAAUGAGUCUCUUGUUACAGUAACUUCUAAUUACAUACCAACGUAGAUGUAGACAUCUGUAGAUGUAAUAAAUGAGAGUCUGCUGCCAACUAUUUGAUAGGACUUUAUCCCUCCAGUACACACCCCCUGUACUGUUCUCACCAGUCAUAUAAGUGAAAUCACUCACCUUGAAAAAUAAUACACUCAAUUAUGGCGUAGAACUUCUAAGUUAUAUUUACCCAAAGUAAUCCUUCCCCAAUAGCCCCAAAUUAUGGUUUCAGUAUGGUAUGAAGAGUACAUGGCUGAAAAUGGAAGCCUGCUGCAGGCCACACACUUCACUUGUUCAUCCACUCCUCCUUUGAAAAAGAACUGGGCAGGAUCCGGACUGUCAACCACUAACCCAGUCAGUGGGUGGACGACUGCAUCCUAAAUGGCACCCUAUUCCCUAUAUAGUGCACUGCUUUUGACCAGGGCCCUGGCUUGUGACAAAGUGGCCACAUUAGUAGGGUACAGUGAGGGUAAAGGUCCCUAGGAAACAAAGUGGUUUGUCUGGGUGUGUGAAUAUUUUCCAUGUGGUUGUUUGUUUGUGUGUGUAUGUGUGUGUGUGUGUGUGCGUGCGUGCGUGCGUGCGUGCGUGCGUGCAUGUGUGCGUGCGUGGGUGCGUGCGUGCGUGCGUGCGUGUGUGUGUGUGUGUGUGUAUGUGUGUGUGUGUGUGUGUGCAUGUGUGUAGCAUGAGUAUUUGGGGGUCUGGGCCUAAGGGAUGGGAUAUACUGUAAUUAUUGGCUCAGUGGAAAUGGAGGGAUAGGCACUAAGCAGGGUAAUCUUACCAAGUGGCCUUGCAUGCCUAGACAAUACAUCAGAAUGAGUCUUCCUGCCCUCCUGACCACACACUUAAAUGAAAGACAGGCAGUUCCCCUAAAACAGAAACUCUGUGUUUGAUUCUCAGUUCGUUUUCUGUAAUUGAAUGGAAUGUAACUUUAGACAUUUUUGUCCAAUCACUGUCAUGUUUUUGAAACGCUCACGCAAAAAUUGAUGCAUGUCUCCAAGGUCCUUUGACGAACUUUCAACCAUGUCUGUGACGACUAACAUUUUAAAAUACCAUCCCUAGUUCAGUUUGUACAGUACAGACAAACAGACAGAUAAUGUAUCUCCAGGUAGAAAAUAAAAUCAACCAUUCAAGCAUGGACAUCUCAGAGUAGUGUACACAUGGUAUGUUACACACCAUUGGUUUCCUGAUCAAAGUGAGAGAGAGGAGAUGUGUGUAAAUCUCAAGUGUGGCAGGAAGACAGGUCAGGAUAGUGUGUGUGUGUGUGUGUGUGUGUGUGUGUGUGUGUGUGUGUGUGUGUGUGUGUGUGUGUGUGUGUGUGUGUGUGUGUGUGUGUGUGUGUGUGUGUGUGUGUGUGUGUGUGUGUGUGUGUGACGCAGGGCCUGACAAAACAGUCCCACCAAUAACCCAUCACAACCCUUUGUCUACAAUGUGACGAAUGGAAACUUACUGUCAGCCAUGAUGGAUGGCGUUGUCACUCAUGGUCUGGUGUGGGGAAGGGAAGAAGGUUGUUCCACUCUGGUGGGAAACUCAGAGAGGGAUGGUUGGGAGGUCUGCUCUCACAAGCUCUUUGCUGACUCAACGUCUCCUCCACACACACACAACAACACACACACCAUCCCACCUCAAAUGAGCAAGAAGGGGACAUUUCUAAAGACAUAAACAAAUCUGACAUCUUGUUGAUUGAGAAUAUCAUAUCCUGAAACAAAUUAGGUUCAUGUCUAUCUCCCAGACAGGUUGAGAUACAUGGACAUUCCUGCUCUGUUUUACUUCCAUGUGUUUUAUUCCCAUGUAACCCCAUGUUCCCCUGUUCUCUCUGCAGCAUAUCAACAAUGACCACAUCCAUGGGGAGAAGAAGGAAUUUGUGUGUCGCUGGGAUGAGUGCUCUCGGGAACAGAAGCCCUUCAAGGCUCAGUACAUGCUGGUGGUCCACAUGAGGAGACACACUGGAGAGAAGCCACACAAAUGCACAGUAAGAACUCCAACUCCCAACAUGCACCUGGGCAUGUACACAUUCUCCCAAGAAGCCCAGAGCCUUCUAUUAUAGGUCACAGAUAAGCCACUCACAUAACUAUCACACAUAUUUAUAAGUCCUACCUCUGGUUAUGAUUCUGCUUCGUGCCCUAUAAUAACUAUAGACCAAAGCCCUAAAAUGGUUCUUUAGCUUUCCACUCAAAGCCUGUUUCUCACCAGCAGAAAUCCAUCCACUCCACAUAGAAUAGUCUUCUGGGCCUUUACUAAGGGCCUCAUCUGUUGCACUGAUUCACUCAUGAUAACAUUUUUGUGUGUAGUUUCUUCAGCUUCAAAGCUCAAUAAUGAGGGCUUGUGAGUCCAUUAAAAGAGAACUUCUGAGAAGAGAAGACUUCACAAGACUGAUUGACAUGAGAGGAGGAUGUUAGUUAUUAAAGUGUAAAGAGGACUAGGGGGCCAUUGGUCCUUAUUAAGAUCUACUCUACUGUAUAGUUUAGUUACUAAAUCCCACAUGCAUCUCAUUCACCCCAGCUCUCUCCCUCUCUACCAAGUCUUGUGUUUUUGAAGGGAGGAUCUCAGGUCUUUUAUGUCCACAUUUGAGCUAAUCUAGUUUGAUCCCAUCUCACACUCUCUGUCAAUUACCCACAGUGCACAGCACAGCACACUCUGAAGGAAUACCAAAUCAUACCACAUAACAAUGCAUAGCAUACCAAAGCUAAACACAGAACAGCUCAGCUGCUUUGUUUCAACAAAGUGUUCCAUGAUGUCUGGCGCUUUGCUUAAAUACUUCUAAUAGUCAUUUUUCUCAAAGAGCAAAUACUUUUUGUGGUAUAUGUCAGUCUCUUUUAAUAGUCCUUUUCUCAAAGAGCAAAUUAUUUUGUGUGAUAGAUGUCAGAGUCUCUGAGGCUAUUGCUAACGCUGACCUUUGUCUGUCUCUCUCUCUUCUCUCUCUCCCUCCCUCUUUCCAUCAAUCCUUUUUUCCUUCCAUGCCUCCCUCCCUCCUCUCUCUCUCUAGUUUGAAGGGUGCUGUAAGGCCUACUCUCGCCUGGAGAACCUGAAGACCCAUCUGAGGUCCCACACAGGGGAGAAGCCUUAUGUCUGUGAACACGAGGGUUGCAACAAAGCCUUCUCCAAUGCCUCAGACAGAGCGAAGCACCAGAACAGAACUCACUCCAAUGAGGUAAGGCUCCUAUAAACACCCAACCAUAGACAAUCAACUAAGAGACAUACUGUGAGUUACAUCUAUGUAUUUACCCACUGCCACUAUUUAAAUGAACUAAUGCACAUUUAAGUUAAUUGUGUUUACACUAUUCAAGGAUUUCUAUGUCCAAUAUUUAGUCAACUUAUUCUCUGUUUGUUUUAUUUGUGUUUUACAUCAUGUACACUACCGGUCAAAAGUUUUAGAACACCUACUCAUUCAAGGGUUUUUCUUUAUUUUUUACUAUUUUCUACAUUGUAGAAUAAUAGUGAAGACAUCAAAACUAUGACAUAAAACAUAUGGAAUCAUGUAGUAACCAAAAAAGUGUUAAACAAAUCAAAAUAUAUUUUAUAUUUGAGUUUCUUCAAAUAUCCACCCUUUGCCUUGAUGACAGCUUUGCACACUCUUGGCAUUCUCUCAACCAGCUUCAUGAGGUAGUCACCUGGAAUGCAUUUCAAUUAACAAGUGUGCCUUGUUAAAAGUUAAUUUGUGGAAUUUAUUUAAUGUGUUUGAGCCAAUCAGUUGUGUUGUGACAAGGUAGGGGGGGUAUACAGAAGAUAGCACUAUUUGGUAAAAGACCAAGUCCAUAUUUUGGCAAGAACAGCUCAAAUAAGCAAAGAGAAACGACAGUCCAUCAUUACUUUAAGACAUGAAGGUCAGUCAAUACGGAAAAGUUCAAGAACUUUGAAAGUUUCUUCAAGUGCAGUCGCAAAAACCAUCAAGCGCUAUUAUGAAACUGGCUCUCAUAAGGACCGCCACAGGAAUGGAAGACCCAGUUACCUCUGCUGCAGAGGAUAAGUUCAUUACCAGCCUCAGAAAUUGCAGCCCAAAUAAAUGCUUCACAGAGUUCAAGUCACAGACACAUCUCAACAUCAACUGUUCAGAGGGGACUGUGUGAAUCAGGCCUUCAUGGUCGAAUUGCUGCAAAGAAUCCAUUACUAAAGGACACCAAUAAGAAGAAGAGACUUGCUUGGGCCAAGAAACACGAGCAAUGGACAUUAGACCGGUCCAAAUUGGAGAUUUUUGGUUACAACCGCUGUGUCUUUGUGAGACGUGGUGUGGGUGAACGGAUGGUCUCCGCAUGUGUAUUUCCCACCGCAAAGCAUGGAGGAGGAGGUGUUAUUGUGUGGGGGUGCUUUGUGGGUGACACUGUCUGUGAUUUAUUUAGAAUUCAAGGCACACUUAACCAGCAUGGCUACCACAGCAUUCUGCAGCGACACCCCAUCCCAUCUGGUUUGCGCUUAGUGGGACUAUCAUUUGUUUUUCAAUUGGACAAUGACCCAACACACCUCCAGGCUGUGUAAGGGCUAUUUGACCAAGAAGGAGAUUGAUGGAGCGCUACAUCAGAUGACCUGGCCUUCACAAUCCCCAACCUCAACCAAAUUGAGAUGGUUUGGGAUGAGUCGGACCGCAGAGUGAAGGAAAAGUAGCCAACAAGUGCUCAGCAUAUGUGGGAACUCCUUCAAGACUGUUGGAAAAGCAUUCCAGGUGAAGCUGGUUGAGAGAAUGCCAAGAGUGUGCAAAGCUGUCAUCAAGGCAAAGGGUGGCUAUUUGAAGAAUCUCAAAUACAGUGGGGAAAAUAAGUAUUUAGUCAGCCACCAAUUGUGCAAGUUCUCCCACUUAAAAAGAUGAGAGAGGCCUGUAAUUUUCAUCAUAGGUACACGUCAACUAUGACAGACAAAUAGAGAAAAAAUGAAACCAAAAUAGAAACUUUUGGUAAAAACUCAACUCGUCGUGUUUGGAGGACAAAGAAUGCUGAGUUGCAUCCAAAGAACACCAUACCUACUGUGAAGCAUGGGGGUGGAAACAUCAUGCUUUGGGGCUGUUUUUCUGCAAAGGGACCAGGACAACUGAUCCGUGUAAAGGAAAGAAUGAAUGGGGCCAUGUAUCGUGAGAUUUUGAGUGAAAAUCUCCUUCCAUCAGCAAGUGCAUUGAAGAUGAAACGUGGCUGGGUCUUUCAGCAUGACAAUGAUCCCAAACACACCGCCCGGGCAACGAAGGAGUGGCUUCGUAAGAAGUAUUUCAAGGUCCUGGAGUGGCCUAGCCAGUCUCCAGAUCUCAACCCCAUAGACAAUCUUUGGAGGGAGUUGAAAGUCCGUGUUGCCCAGCGACAGCCCCAAAACAUCACUGCUCUAGAGGAGAUCUGCAUGGAGGAAUGGGCCAAAAUACCAGCAACAGUGUGUGAAAACCUUGUGAAGACUUACAGAAAACGUUUGACCUGUGUCAUUGCCAACAAAGGGUAUAUAACAAAGUAUUGAGAAACUUUUGUUAUUGACCAAAUACUUAUUUUCCACCAUAAUUUGCAAAUAAAUUCAUUAAAAAUCCUACAAUGUGAUUUUCUGGAAUUUUUUUCCUCAUUUUGUCUGUCAUAGUUGACGUGUACCUAUGAUGAAAAUUACAGGCCUCUCUCAUCUUUUUAAGUGGGAGAACUUGCACAAUUGGUGGCUGACUAAAUACUUUUUUUCCCCACUGUAUAAAAUAUAUUUUGAUUUGUUUAACACUUUUUUGGUUACUAUAUGAUUCCAUAUGUGUUAUUUCAUAGUUUUGAGGUCUUCACUAUUAUUCUACAAUGUAAAAAUAAAUUCUAGAAAAUAGUAAAAAUAAAGAAAAACCCUUGAAUGAGUAGGUGUUCUAAAACUUUUGACCGGUAGUGUAUUUUCAGAAGACAAUGGAUUAAAACAGUAAUCAACUUAAACAUCAGAUAAUAAGAUAUUAUGUAAAAUUAUGUUUCCCAGAAACCCUACAUCUGUAAAAUCCCUGGGUGCACUAAGCGCUACACAGACCCCAGCUCUCUCAGGAAGCAUGUGAAGACGGUCCACGGACCUGAGGCCCACGUCACGAAGAAACAACGUGGCGAUGUGCCCCCCAGGGGUCCUCCUAAGGGGAAUGGAGAGAACGAGGCAAACGCCAAACAGAGUGGUAGAGUGAUGGAUGGAAAAAUGGAGGCCAACAGCACCAUUAGAGGAGUGGAGGACUGCUUGCAGGUCAAGUCUAUCAAGACUGAGAACUCGAUGGUAAGACUGGGUGUGACAUUUGAUUGUGUCAUAACCACUGCUUUUAACAAAGCAUUGACUUUGACUAUUGUCAAAAUCCUAUCAACUACAACUACUUAAAACUAUCAAUGCUAUCUUAACAGUAUCAUUCAUACAUGUUCUAUGUUAUUUGAGUCUUGUGACGCAAAUGCAAGCAUUUCACCAUUUAUCCCAUCACCUUUCACAUUAACUUAACUGUGAUGGAUAAUUUAACUGCUGCUGGUCUAUCCUCUUCCUAACCUAACUCACCACUCUGGUCACUGCUUGAAUGUGCUUCUCUUUCCUUAACACUUUCCCUAUUGGACAGGCUUCACUGAGGUGAGCACCACCACUGUUUCUAUUCCUUUCAAUGCUUUUUAACUCUGCAUGUCAAUUCUGCGUCAACCGUCAAUACAUUUGAAAUUCACUACUCUGUUCCUCCAUGUAUGAAAUAACAGAGGAUUACCACCAAGCACUUUCCAAGAGCUUCUUGUUUUAAAAGUGUAUACUAGCUACAGUUGGAUGUUGUGAUGUACUGUGAAAUCUACCCAUUUAGUUAUAAAUACACUAGAUGACCGACAGGGGGGGGGGGGCUGUUUUGAAGCCACCAUGACUCCAUCUUGGCACUCCCACAACGUUGUAAGAAAUAUUUUGGAAGCUAUAGAAAUUGAUUUAUUAAUGUCAACAACAAAAACAUUGCCACGUUUAUUAUAUUGCAGACACCUUAAUGCUUACUUUUAAAUUAUGUUAUGUGAGCCAAACAUACAAAUAAAAAUGUAUAAAAACAUUUUCCUUAAAGUAUAAUUUUUUGAAAGUGCUAAUGUUACUGCCCCCACUACAACAAAACAAUACUUAAAUACAUGUAAUUUUGUCCUUAAAACAUUUAAUUGAAAUACUGUAGAAUUCCAUUCAUUCCUAUGGAGGACUGCUCUCCUGGGGAGUGCCAAUAUGGCCGACAGGUGGCUUCAAACCCUCUCAUUGGCCAAUACAUAGCAUCAGCAAUCCAGGGUUUAUAUACUUCAAUCACCCCUUUGUACACACACACACACACACACCCACACACACACACACACUUUAUUCAGUUAUAUUCCUCUGUGGCCUAGAGAUCUGACAGUAUUGUCUGUCAGGCCAUGAUAAAAGUAAUUAUCAAAUUAAUAUUCAAACAACGGGACUGUUCAGCAUGUGCGCCGAACAAAUAGUGCCAGCGAUCAAGCUGUGAUCAAGACUCUUUCUAGUUCAGUCUGUGUCAGAAUUAACCACUAUCAACACUUGACUAUGAUGAGACACACAAUAUCCCCCCGUCCCUCCACUAAUAGACACGUUUCCUUUGUAAAUGAAUCCAACAAUUCUAUGAUAAAUAAGAUUAAGAAACUAUAGCUAGGCUACAUAAUUCAUUUAAUUUGUGGUUUUGCAAAGAGUUUACAUAAUUUAUUAAUCAGAAUUUUGCAACUGUAUUCCAGUAUUUCAAAUUGUAACUUUAAGCAUCUUUUUUAUAACAACAAUGCCCUGUCUGACAGUGAUACCCGUUUCACACUAUCAUGCCAAUCUGAACCAAACCUACCCAGUAAUGUGAAAAGACCUUAAUAGGCUUGAUCCGGUGUCUAACCUGAACCACCUAUCCUGUCCCCCUCUCCAGAUGUAUCAAUCCAGCCCUGGCGGUCACUCGUCAUGUAGCAGUGAGCCGUCGCCACUUGGCAGUGCCCACAACAAUGACAGUGGAGUAGAGAUGGCCCUGCACAGUGGGGGCAGCUUUGGGGACCUUAGUGCAUUGGACGAUCCUCCCAUGGUGGACUCCUCCACCCUCUCCCCCCGCAACUCAGUGGGGGUGGGGCUUGGGCUUCAUAAAGGGAGAGGAGUCACCAUUAAGCUGGAGAAUAUCAAGAAGGAGAGGCUGAAGAAUGUGAGGGACUCUUGUCCCUGGGCCAACUCUGGUCCUCAGGCACCUCAGGUCCGAAACACCAACACCAAGCUGCCUCCCAUUCCUGCUGUUGGUAAGUGUGAAGUUCUAUACUGUAACAAUAUAGUUUUUGAUAACAACUGUUUUUAAGAACCUGCAGUAAUGCUGAAGGAUUAGUACAUCCAUAAUAGGAAAGAUUGAGUUGAGAGGAAUAUGUGAAGAAGCCUUAGAAACCUAGAAAGGGGUUUUGCCUUAUAUGUUAUAAUGUGGUUCGUUUUGUUGGUUCCUCAGGUUCCCUUCUGGAGAACUCCAAUUUGAUCGCUCCACCCGGGCCCUACCCUGGUCAGCGACUUGGUGACCUGUCGUCAUGCGAGGUGACCAUGCUGAACCAGCUAAACGAACAGGGCCGCCGGGACAGCAACACCAGCACUACCAGCUCAGCCUACAUCAGCCGGCGUUCCUCUGGCAUCUCCCCCUGCUACUCCAGCCGCCGCUCCUCCGAAGCCUCGCAGUUCAGCAACCGCCACAACAACAUCAGCUCAGCCGACUCCUACGACCCCAUCUCCACAGACCUGUCCCGGAGAUCCAGCGAGGCCAGCCAGUGUGGAGGUGGUGGUGGAAACCUAUCUAGUUUGCUCAGCCUCACCCCGGCCCAGCACUACCGUCUCAAGGCCAAGUACGCUGCCGCAAUCGGGGGCGCUCCACCUACACCUCUGCCCAACAUGGAGCGCAUGAGCCUCAGGACCAGGAUGGCCCUGUACGGGGACCACUCCCAGGAAAGGGAAAGCUCCUCCCACUCUCAACUGUUCCACCCCCCUACCGGAGCAGUUCCCAGACGCUGCAGCGACAUCGGUUACGGUAACCAUAGCAUGAUGCCCCACGAGGUCCCUGGGAACCUACCCCGGCGAGCCAGCGACCCUGUCCGCAGACCUACCCUAGACCCACUGUCCCUGCCACGAGUCCAGCGCUACAACAGCAUGAAUAGUAUGAACCCCAACAGUAUGAUGCCUCCUCCCUCUGCCGACCGCCGGGGCCUGGCCAUGCAGAGCUACACGCGGUCCGACGGAAGCCUGCACCACCACCCCUUUGCCCCACGGCCCCCCAGCAUCUCAGAGAACGUGGUGAUGGAGACCAUGGCUGUGGAUGGGCUGGACCAUGCAGGGGAUGAAGACAUGGUGCUGCCUGAUGACGUCGUACAGUACAUCAGGUCUCAGAACACUGGCCCUGGCCAAUCAGCAGGCCCCGCCGACUACGCCAACAGCCAAUUACAAGGCGGCUUCCAGGUCCAGGGGAAUAUGACCUCCUGCCAACAGCAGUUCUAUGGGCAGAGGAGGAUGGCCAUGGUGGAUGCCAACAUGCCCCUGUCUGGGUCAGGCCAGGCUCCCCUACCCCCCUACCAGAUGAGCCCCGGGUCUGGCUCCCAGCAGCAGCAGUACCCAGCCUCUCACAGUAUGAACAACAAGAACAACAUGCCAGUCCAGUGGAACGAGGUCAGCUCAGGGACUGUGGAUGCUAUAGCCACCUCCAGACUCACCAAGCAGAACCUCCUCAGAAACAACAACCUGGCCAUGGUCCAGCAGAGACAGAACUUUGGGCAUUUCCAGGGUAGUAUGGGUAGUAACAGUAACCAGCAGGUGAUUCCCAUGAACCAGAAUAUGGCUCUACAAGGCUACACCCAGAGAAGCAACUCUCAGAGGAUCAACUCUGUCCAACAGCAACAGAGGCAGCCAUGCAGCAUAAACUAUACUGAGCAGAUGAGUCCACAGCAAGGAUACGGUCAAGAGGUCAUCCCUGUCCCUAACUCUGGAUCUGGGAAUGGCAGCCUACGACCCAACUUGAAUGGCAUGGCACUGCCCAAUGGCAGGGUGAUGGCUACACACAACAAUCCUGAUACGCAGAUCUACAGGUCAAGGACUCCGGUUGAAAGCUAUGCCCCCCACUUGAUUCAGGUUGACCAGCAGAACUACAGUAUUCCAUCUCAGCAGCAAGAUGUCAAUACUGGGAACAGAGCUGGGAUGCAGCCCAGGCCUCCCAUGGAGCCCAAGUCUAUGAGCAGUAGACAACACUCAGGGUCCAGAAGUAUGAUGCAGCAGAACCGUUUCCCUCAGUUUGACUUCAAUCACAACACCUCUGAGGCCAGUCCAAAGAGGCCGGGUGGCACCACAGCACAUACCGGCAGACAUAACAGAGACUCAAACUCCAACGCUUCAAUGUUUUAUGACGGCCAGAUCCACAUGUUUGAACCCAAUAACAACCACAACGUGAGCUUCAACUCCCCCAUGUCCCCCUUCAUGGGCCAGACUCCGGGAGGCACCACUGUUACCAUGGCGUCUCCAGGGGUCAACCAGGUCACCAGCACCGUAGACUCGUCCGGCUCCUCUGGAUCGACCUCUGGCAUGGAGCAUGCCCAGAUUGACUUUGACGCCAUGUUGGAUGAUGGAGACCACUCCAGCCUGAUGUCAGGGACCCUCAGCCCCGGACUCCUCACCAGCCUGUCCCAGAAUUCCUCCAGGCUUACAACCCCCCGUAACUCUGUGACCCUGGCCUCUGUGCCAGCAGGGAUCGGUAAUAUGGCUAUCGGAGACAUGAGCUCC